UGAAUCGAUAACGUGAAUUCCAAACAAACAGUUUAUGUUUAUAUCUCUGUGCGAAUAGAAAUAUAAAAGAAAAUAAAAUGGAAGAGCGAAAGACUUUGUUGGAGAAAUAUAAUAUACCCUUGAGCCAUCUGGACUUUAGUUAUGUGGAAACGUGUAAAAAUGCACGUGAAAUGGAAAAAAUUGUGCAAAUCCUACGAUCUGGGGAGGAGGGACAUUUCCCGGAUCUGCAGCGUUGCUCCGAGGAGAAACUCAAGGAGCUGAAGCCUGGUAGUAAGCUGUUCCGCUUUGAGGAGCCGAUAAAGAAAAGCGAUAUCCUUGAUAAACAGGAACUCAAGCCCGUUCUGGACUGGACACAUGACAUCAAGUCGAAGGACAAUGCUUUGAACGAACUAAAACAUGACAUGGCAUGCUUGGGCUUAGAUGUGGCGCCCAUGCGGAAACCAGCCAAAAUAGACGCGGAUAUGCCAAGCACCAAAAAACAAUCAAAGCCAAAGCCUGCAGCACCUGCAAUGCCCCCAAAGACUACGGAAAAGCGUAUCCGUUCCACAGACUACAACAAAUGGGACAAGUACGAUCCCGAUGAGGAAAUACUGCGCAUGGAAUUGUCGGAGGAGCGAACCAAAGAGCAGGAGGAGCUAAACAAUCGAGCCGACCCCAAGCCCACUCCGACAUCAGAAGAAAUAUUGAAAAGUGAAAAGGAAGCACUCCAUGAACGCCUCCAGCAGCAACUAAAGAAACUUAGCCAGGUGGAAAAAGAACAAUUUGCUGAGAAGCAUCGUUUGCGUGGCAACGAAUACUUCAAGUCGAAGGAGUAUGAGAGUGCCAUAGAGGAAUACAAUUGUGCCAUUAUAUACGAUCCUGAAAAUGCAGCUCGGGCAUACAACAAUCGCGCGGUGUCACACAUGAAAGUUAAGAACUAUCUGGCUGCUAUAUCGGACUGCAAGACAUGCCUGCAAAUGGAGCCGGAGAAUUUGAAGGCUCGUCUUCGCCUGGCCGAUGCCAGCUAUGCCCAAGGAUUUCGCCGCGAGUCGCUUCAUCUCUACCAGCGCGUUCUAGAGCUGCAGCCGGAUAAUGCGGCUGCCUUAAAGGCUCUGGAACUGCUAAAAAAACAGCUAGGAGAGCUGGCUCCAACUCAUGCCACUCGUUUGAUGAUUGAGGAACUGAAGCCAGAUGCCUCGGAUAAGCCUAAAGAAAUGCCCAAGGAAGUGACUACUCCAGAGGCGAAGACAGUUCCAGUGGCGAAGCCACCUCCUGUCAAAGAAUAUGAUCUGGCCGAGCUGGUGAAACCGAAUCGUGUGGUCAAAAGCAAACUGGUUACUGCAGCCGAGGCUUUGGGCAAUAAAUUCAAGGCUCCCCCUGCCGCCGCACCCAAGAAGCAGACACAGCCUCAGCCACUUACUGGCGAAGCCUCCACACUGCCAGCAAUGCUCCGCAUGCCCCAGGACAACAUCAAGAGCAGCAACAAGCUGCUAAUACAGGAGAUAUAAGGAAACUUUAAGAAUAU